AUGGGCGCCGUUGAAGAUUCAGCGACGGCGGCGGGGGCGGCAGCGGAGAUGGAGCUGGACUACUCGCAAGGCGGCGUGCUGCCCAGCUUUGACUUCGCGUUUGAUUCGGUCAACUUCUCCGACCGGAAUCUGCGUAUAGAGAUCGUCGCCGGUGACCACGUGCUGGGUUCCGGUGGACACGUCGGCGGAGGAUCCACUACCGACCAGGCGCUCCGCGGCAAGGAGAAAGUUUUACGAGAAAAGACCAUUCAUAUCAAUUCAGCAAUUCUUGCUUCAAGAAGUCCUUUCUUUCUGAAGCUUUUCUCAAAUGGCAUGAAAGAAUCUGAUCAGACGCACCCAAUAAUUAGGAUUGCUGAUUCAGAGGAAAAUGCCUUUAUGGAGCUUUUAAGAUAUAUGUACAGUGGAAAGUUGACAACAACGGAGCCCAGUCUAUUGCUCGACAUCUUGAUGGCUGCAGACAAAUUUGAGGUUCUCUCUUGCGUGGGGCAUUGCAGUCAGCUGCUCACAAGCUUGCCUAUGACCACAGAAUCUGCACUGCUUUACCUAGACCACCCUUGCUCGACUUCAUUAUUGGCUGAGGUCGAGGGUGUGAUCUGCGCAGCCAAGGAAUUCCUUGCCAACAAAUACAAUGAUUUUGCUAAGUUCCAGCAUGAACUGAUGAACUUCCCUCUUGCUGGGAUUGAAGCCAUCUUGUCAAGUACUGACCUACAAGUAAUACGGGAAGAUUGCAUAUAUGCCUUUAUGCUCACAUGGGCCCGUGAACGAUACCCAGAAUUGGAGGAAAGACGCGAGAUCUUGAGUUCUCGUUUACUGCCACUGGUACGCUUCAGUCAUAUGACAUGUACAAAACUUCAGGAGAUCCUAGCAUGCAGCGAUGAUGAUAUAGACCAUGAGAAAGUAACUAAACGUAUUGCCGAGGUACUUCUACAAAAAGCUUACCCAAAACAGAUGGAAGGUGCUCUUGCAGCAGACGCAACAACCUGUUGGCAAUUUACUGAGCGAGAGUACAAGUACAAACCUGUGAAAUUGGUUACUUUUGAUCGACCCUGCCCACAGGUUAUCGCUUACCUGGAUCUAACACGCGAGGACUGCUCCCGACUCUUCCCGUCUGGACAUGCAUGGUCACAUGACUUCCGGCUUGCAGGGUGGAAGGGGAGCAUUUAUCUCAGCCCAGUCUGUACAAUGAAUGAGCAGAGUAAGUUGUCCACCUUUGGUCUCCAGUUAAUUGGAUUCGGUUCCACAGAUUUGACAGUGGAUAUUGAGUUUGCUGCAAGGACAAGAUCGUCCGGAAAAUUUGUGAGCAAGUACAGUUGUAAGCACACCUUCACCAGUGCUUGGUUGAAAAAAUGUGAUGAUCUUUUUGGCGUUCCAUGGUCGGCGUUCAUUGCCGAUGACAACCUCUUCAUCGACGGUGUGCUGCAUCUGAGAGCUGAUUUGGCGGCGGUCCAGCAGACGGAGUUUCACGCUUGAUAUGAUUUCUCACUCACUCGACAGAGUUAUUAUUAAGUCGUCUG